CUAUAUAUUGUAUAGCUUUGUCAAUAAAUGAUUAAAGUCAUCAUUUCGAUAAUACGAUAUGUACGUUUUAUUCAUUCAGAGUACAUCUCUUUAAUUUAAUUGAAAUUUGCGAUUAUAUAUAAACAAAUUAAACCGCAUAGAUGGAUUCCAAUCGUCAUGAUGGUGACAAAUCAACAAUUAAAAAAGCCCACAAGAGAAAACAUAAAAAGCUUUCACCAGAACCCAGUCCAUCUAAAAGUAGUAAGCAUGAUAUUCACAACGAGGACAAGAAAACAGACAGCGAGAUUAUUUAUAAACGUGAGACAGACGUUCCAGUAGUGCCCAAAAUAAAAAAAAAGAAAAUCAAGAAAGACGAAACACCAAUCGUUGUGUACUUUGAUCUUGAAACAACAGGGUUAGACGUCGUAAAAGAAUCGUUGACCCAGAUUGCAGCUCAAUUUGACGACCAAACAUUUAGUGUAUAUAUAAGGCCUAGAGGUCCAAUUGGACAGUGGGCUUUGAAAAACACCCAUCUUACUUAUGACAGAAAAUCAUUAACCUUAUACUAUAAAGGUGAAAAGGUUACCAGUAAGGAGCCACAGGACGCAUUGAAAGAUUUCGUGGACUUUUUGAAGUCUUUCAGCCGACCAAUAAUUUUAGCGGCACACUUCUGUCAUCAAUUUGAUGCGCAGAUUUUGUACAAGCAGUUAGUUGAUCACCAUCUUUGGGAAGACUUCUCGUCUAUUGUAAAUGGUUUUGCGGACACUUGUCUGAUGUUUCAAAAACCCUACUCUAAAAUAUCACAAGUUAGACGCACUCGCUUCAAAAUUUUUACCAGACGAAAGAUUUUCACUGCACAAUGCCGUUGAUGAUACUAGAAUUUUGAAGUCACUUGUAGAAAAACAAGGAAAGGUAGAUAUGUUGCGGAAUGAAUUUUUCCAAACCUGUCUUCAAACUAAGCAAUACUUUCCAAAAGGCAGAGCCGUAUUAAGGUUCAGGUGAAUUGUUUAACAGUAAAUAUAUUAUUCAUUACGCAAUAUUGAUAACAUUGUAUAUAUAUAUAUAGUUGAACGCAAACCAUCAAACAUUUCUAGAUAGAUAUAAGAGAUUAACAUGCUAUGGAACCAAUGAGUUAAAUAAUAAAAUCAAUUGCUUCGAUUCGGAGAAGUGUCGAAAUUCUGCAAACUGAAGCUCUGUGUUCUUUAAAAACAGUAUUUCAGUGUUCUAACAUUCAUUACUGUCUCUCCGAUACUGUUUGAUACCAAUCUUCAUGGAUUUCGUGGGUACAAGUGAACCACGAAAUAAACUGUUCAAUGAAUAUGUAGGCUUUUCCUAAUACACGAACAUUGUUAACCACUCAAAUAAAUGAAUCCACAGUAGAUCGAUUAUUCAUAUUAGCUUCAUUAACAUAUCUUGUAUAUUGUAAUGGUAUUUGACGAUAUUGAAGUAUUUGACAAAAUAUAUUAACCCUUUGUCUAUAGGUUAUUUGUGUUUCCCUUUUUUAUGAUUUUGUUUUAUACAAUUUAUAUUUGUACUGCGUUUCUAUUGUAUGACCCUUUUUUUCACCGAAUAAAAGAAUAGAACUAUGUAGAAUGAAUAUUACGAACAUUACUUUACUCUCUUACAAUUCAAACAUAUUAUUAUGAGAUCCGUAUCUAUGUAUUUGUGCUUUUUGUUUAAUUCAGAACAUUUAUUUUAAAAAAUUACACAACAGUAAUAUCAUUAAUAAAAUCUACAAUAACCACUUCUGAAACUCAAUGAAUUAUAAAUGCUGUUCAUCACGGUAAUUACUCAUCACAUAUUUAUUCUGAUUGGUUGUUUAUGAUGCGGCUGAGAUAUUGCAACAGCUAUUGGCAUGAGAAAAAGAAACACAGACUUUUCUCGUCCCAGGAUAAGACAUCAAAUGCCGGAAAAUUAACUACGUGUAUUUCAGAUUCGAUCAACUGUCAUUAAUUCAUGUUCGUUUUAUCAUAAAUAUUGCACACUGAAAUUAAGCAUUGAAGUAUCAAAUAUCAAUAAGUAGUAAGUAGCUUUCUUAGUCUGCAAUAUGCACGAUUUGUUUUGCUAAACAAUGUACCUAUACAAUUUUUGCAAAAAUGCAUUAUCUGUAUUCUAUAACUUCUAACAAUCUAGGCACACCUCCAGAGUAGUGUUAAUUUUCAUAAAAAAAAUCUUUUUUUUUAAAGCAUGGAUAUAUAACGUAAACUAAACCCUAAACAUGCUAAAUCCUUUUUAUAUCAGUCAAUAUCUGAAAGUACCACAACUCCAAUACUUAACCAAAACCACAUGAACAAAUAUUACUUUAACUUUUGAUAGAGCGAAGCAGGAAACUUCUUUUCGAUGAAAGUCAAAUUAUUCAAAGCUCAGUAUGGGGGGAUCUGUGGAUCUCGGUAGUAUAUACACCGUGUUCGAUAGAAAAAUAUUACUGUAAAGAGAAAUAAAAUCAACAAAGCAUAACAUAGAAAAACAAAUAAUAAAAGUACAAUGUAUACGAGACAAAAAACAACACUGAUUCUCUAAAAUGAUGACCCCUUGUUAUCCCCAAUGGAACCAAAAUACAAAAGGUAAUUAAUACUCGCUAGAAAAUAUCCGCGAAAUAUAUCUUGGUUCAUAAUAAGAUGUUUUAUAAUUUUUGUGUAAGGCGUUAUAAAGAUCCUAGAUUUCUUUAACGCGUGUCACAAACGAAAUACCAUCAUGCAAUAUGAAACCCCCAAAAAAUAGUCCCAUGAAAGAAACUAUAUACUACUGUUUGGAAAUAUAUUGUGUUGAUGGACCCACAGGAAAAAACAUUGAACGAUAAAAAUUCCGAUGCGAAUAAUAAACCCAGUCCCACCUUACGGAAAAUCAAAUGACAGCACAAUAUUUUUUGCCCUCCCGCCUAACAUUAAAUCCUCGACCCACACCUCAUUGCUGGUGUUUCCGUGAUGAGAACCAUCCCCAUAUAUGAGUUGUUUGAAGAUUUUAUCUUUAAUAUAUGAAUUAAAAGGGCCACGUUCCAGCCGGACUUCGGUACCCAUUUUUCAAUGAAACCUGGUGUAACCCCACCAUGUGUUGUAUUGAUGCGGUUCACCGGAAGGAAAAAAACUUGAGAUGUAAAAUAAUGUUGUUAAAUUGCUGAGAGCGUCAAGAGAAUUAGCAUCACAAAACAUUUCAGUGUAAGGUCAAUACCGUAUUUGCUACUAAAUCAUUGGACAUUUAAUUUUGUCUGGCAGACAUGCCAGACGACACGAGUCCAACGUCGUGAAGGACGGUCGAUCCGAACUAGCUUAAACUCAUAAACUCAUCAGAGACACCAUGAUUAAAUUUUGUAUGUACGCUAAACGUGAGUUUCUCCUACAACAGACUCAUCAGUGACGUUCAAAUCCAAAAAAAAGAAGGAAAAAAGCAAAAUAAAGUACGGAGUUUCAGAGCAUUUAGGACCAAAACUUCUAAAAGUUUUGCCAAAUUCAGCUAAGUUAAUCUGUUACUGAGGUAGAAAAGCCAUUGUAAUUCAAAAAAUUCAAAGUUUUGUUAACGGUUGAUUUAUAAAUAUGACCAUAUCAAUGAUAAUUGAUGUCAGCCCAAGACACAGACGUUCUGACUACUGUUCUGGUGAUACUCUCGGGGAAUUAAUUUCAACUCUUUCCAUUUUAUAUUUUAUAAUUUUAUAUAAGGUACAUUAAAAAUGGAGAUUUAUGUUUAUGAUCAACACAUGAUUUUUUAUAUAUCUAGCGAUUACUGUGC